CGGGAACAGCCACGUCACGUGACGCACUGGAAGUCCGGACCCGUACUGCGCAUGCGCGUGUUGCGCAGCUCCUUUGGACCCAGACAUCGUCCCGUGGUGUUUGUUCCGUGUGUUCGGAGGUCUUCAUCCCCCCCUCCCGACAUGAACAGCGUUGGGGAGGCUUGUACCGACCUGAAGCGGGAGUACGACCAGUGCUUCAACCGCUGGUUCGCGGAGCAGUUCCUGAAGGGGGACCGCAGCGGGGACCCGUGCACGGACAGCUUCCGGACCUACCAGCGGUGCGUGCAGAAGGCCAUCAAGGACAAGGACAUCCCGAUCGAUGGCGUGGACUUCAUGGGCCCCAACAAGGACCAACCCGAGACCUGAUCCGGGUCCAGGAGACCUGUGAACAUGUGCAGAGGGACUAGAGUCUGUCUGCAGGUCCCUGAAGGUCCUCCUCUCGAGUUCUGAUGGAACUGUUCAGUCACGUGGUCCUGAAGGGCCGCCAUGUUGGAACUGUUCAGUCACGUGGUCCUGAAGGGCCGCCAUGUUGGAACUGAUCAAUAUUUUUUUUGCGACUUGAAAUGUCUUUAUUCAACAUUUUAAAAAAUUACCUGUUUGAUUACGCGCCAUCUUAUAUUUUGUUGUAAACACUGACAUCUAGUGAACUGAUCAAUACUGAUCAAUGAAAAUAAUAAUGUUAAAUCCACCAUGUUGGAAAUGAUCAAUAAAAAUAAUAAUGUUAAAAUCCA